UACGGCAAAUGGCGAUAAUAUGCCGAUCAGCAAUAAUUGUGCAUAUAAGAACAGAUUUCGCAUGAACUUACAGUUGGUCUUAAGAUUUGGAAACUUGGUGAGCGCGUACUUACUUACAGGUAUUCGUCUUAGGACACUCAUAUCUUUCAAGCUCAAACUUAAAAUUAAAGACAUUGACAGCUUAGAAAGACAUAACAUGUCAACCACGUGCCAGGAGCCAACCAAGUAGUACCAAGUAAUGCCAACCAAGUACGGAAGCACUAAAAUACGACUUUCGUUUUACCUUUAGUGGUACGUUUUCUUACGUUUACGUCAUACGAAAAUGUCUGGUUGUCAGUCUAUUCCAGAAUAUUACGCUGGCAAAUGUAUCUUUAUUACUGGAGGAACGGGCUUUCUUGGCAAGGUUUUGAUAGAAAAAUUACUUCGUAGUUGUCCAGACAUUAGAAAGAUUUACUUGUUGGUUCGACCUAAAGGUGAUGUUGGAUGUGAAGAGCGUGUUCGAGAGAUACUUGACUCUGAGCUUUUCGCAAGAGUUCGUGAAAUGCGUGCACAUUACAAUGACAUUGUUGUCGUGAUGAAAGGGGACAUGUCAGAGCCAAGACUUGGGUUGUCUGAGAGCAACAUACAGAUUCUUGAAGAAAACGUUGAAAUUGUAUUUCAUUCUGCGGCUACUGUUAGAUUUGAUGAAGAACUUAGGUUGUCUUUGAAGCUGAAUGUUAAUGGCCUGGACAAUGUUUUGAAACUUAGCGGAAAUAUGAAGAAUCUUGAGGCGUUCAUUCACGUCUCGACAGCCUACUCCAAUUGUGACAGAGAUUAUAUUGAGGAAAAAUACUAUCCACCGUCAGUUGAUGCAAAAAACGUGUUGGAAAUAACCUAUUGGAUGAAUGAUGGUAUGAUCAAAGAAGUGACCCCAGCUCUUUUGGAAAAGAGACCUAACACAUAUACCUUUACAAAGUCUUUGGCAGAGUCCUUGUUGUUCAAGCGCAAAUAUGACAUGCCAAUCGCUGUAUUUCGCCCAUCUAUUGUUGGUGCCAGCCUCAGAGAACCAAUGCCGGGCUGGAUUGACAAUUUCAAUGGUCCUAGUGGCUUGUUCGUGGCGGCUGGUAAAGGUGUGCUGCGGUCAAUGAUCGGUGAUGUGAAUGCUGUGUCGGAUAUUAUUCCCGUGGACAUUGCAGUUAACAUGAUGGUGUGUAUUGGCUGGUAUACUGGUACUAAACGACCACAAAACAUUCCGAUAUUUCAUUGCACGACUGGUUUGUUAAAUCCUGUCACAUGGGGUGAUUUAGGUCGUAUUGUAUCUCCUUAUUUGUGGGAAUAUCCGUUUGAGAAAGUGUUCAGACGGCCAAAUUUUGCUUUCGAAGCAAAGGAGCUUGCCUUUACGUAUUAUACGUAUAUAAGUCACAAAAUUCCAGCAUGGAUUGCCGAUAUCUUGGCAAAAUUCAUUGGACAGAAGCCAAGAAUGCAAAAGAAUUAUGUUAAAUUGGAAAAAGCGAUGACAACUCUUGGAUAUUUUACCAAAAGAGAAUGGACGUUCAAGAUGGACAACUACGACCUACUUUUGGACGAACUAGAGGGAUCAGAUCGUCAGGAAUUUAUGUUUGACGUUCGCCGUAUUGAAUGGGAUGCUUACUUCAGGGACUUCGUCAUUGGUAUUAAAAAAUAUUUGCUGAAAGAGGAUCCAUCGGAUCUCACUGCUGCUAAAAGAAGAUUUAAAAGAUUGCGUAAUGUUCGUUGGAUUACGUACUUCGUGUCAGCUGUUUUGAUGUGGACGGUGAUGGUGAAAAAAAUUCCAUCAAUGCGAUCUUUAUGGUAUUCAUGUGUAGAUAACGCAUUGAAAAUGUUUGGCUACCUUAGCGUGCUUGAAAAACUACCUUGGAAACUCUAAGACAAAUUACAAAACUAACGAUAUUUACUCUGGAAAGUAGUUAAUUUAUAUUUGUAGGUCAUUAUGGAAUAUUAUUACAUUUAAAUCGACACAGUA